AGUUACAGCAUCUCUUGUAGAGCUCUGCCAGAAGCAGAGAAGGGGGUGAGGGGAGAAGAAUGGCCAUAAAAAUGGAUAGGACGGGGAUCAUCGUGUCCGCGGUGGUCGGGUCUCUAGGGCUGUUGAGUGCCAUCUUGGGCUUCUCGGCAGAGGGGACAAAGCUCACUCCGUAUACCAUACUGGUGUAUGGCGACCAGUGCAUCUACCCGCAGAACCCCGCGCUCGCGCUAGGGGUCUGCGCCACCAUCUUCCUGCUGGUUGCCCAGAUCACCAUCUCGGCGGUCGGCGGUUGCUGCGGCUGCUGCAAGUCCCGCGCCAUUCCUUCCGAGACCAAGCGGAUCGUCGGCAUCAUCUGCGCCGUCUUCUCGUGGAUAGCGGCCUUGACCGCGUGCGUGCUCCUCUUGGAAGGCGCGUCGUGGAACGCCAACGUGGUGCGGGAGACCGCGCCGGACUGCUACUACCUCAAGGACGGCGUCUUCGCUGGCGCGGGCGUGCUCACCCUCGCCGCCGCGGCGCUCGGUAUCACCUCCUUCAUCAUGCUGCGGAGGCAGCCGGCCACGGCGGCGCCCGCAGUGGCUGCAGGCGGGCAGCCGCUGGGCGCUGGGAUCGCGAUGGGCCAUCCACAGUUCCCUCCGGCAGCGGGUGCAGGUGCACAAAGCAAGCCAAGCGAGCAGCCGCCGCCCGCCGGGAUCGCGAUAGGCCACCAGCAGUUCCCACCAUCGAGUAGCCCGCAGUACCCUUCGAAUCCUCAGGGAUACGGGCAAGCUCAGGUCGCUCCUACUGCUUCUCAUCCACAAGGGUACGGCGGACAAGCACCACAGAACCCACAGUUCCCUCCUCAUCUUCCUGCUCAUCAAGGCUACGGACCCCACGCACCGAUACAGCCGUCCUCACAUUCUCAAGGGCACCCCGCCGGCGCGGCGCCGCCGGCAGCGGCUGGCGCGCCUGAACCAGGCCAGCAGCCGCCGCCCUCCGGGGUCCCGAUGUGCCAUGGCCACCCGCAUAACCCGCAGUACCCUUCGAGCCCUCAGGGAUACGGGCAAGCUCAGGUCGCUCCUCCUGCUUCUCAUCCACAAUGGUACGGACAAGCACCACAGUACCCUUGUCAGCCUGAGCUAUCCAUGCAAGUUCCGGUCCCUCCUACUUCUCCUCCUCCGCAAGGGUAAGAGCAACAAGCAGAACUACCAACAGGUGUUCGCAAAGAAGAUCCGACAACAACGGCUGGGGAUAUCCUUCUAUCUAUGGUGACUGGUGCUACUACUGGAGGUGAUGUUGGAGCUACAAAUUAUGGGAAUACCGCCUAAUCCGAUGUUCUCUUCGUCAUGCUCGUCGUCAACAAAUUAGUCUUCCUUGAGUGUUCUGCUGAGUCUAAUUAUUUAGUUGUUCAAGCUUUUCUGCUCUGGUGGUUUAGUCUCAGUUUGUUGUUCGUUCUUCCUAGAUUCUGCCAGGGGCUGUCUGUCUUCCUUGUUCUAGUUUGAAUCAUCCCUAUGUUCUGCGAGCUCGGGCUAUAUAUAUAUUCCAGUACUUGUAACUACCGAUGUGGCCCGUGAAAAUUGCACGGCUAAACUACUUAUUAUGAAUUACUUUUUUU